UGUAAUGGUGGUCGUUUACAUAUUUAAGGUGUUUUAUUUAGAAAAUUAGUUUUUAUUUAAAGUAUUGGUUAUAUUUUCAAUUAAAUUAAAAUUGAUGGUAUAAGUUUCAUAUGCUCACUAUACUUCAACUACUAUUAAUUUUUAUAAAAAAUAAGUGAUCGACCGUCACCUAUAGUAUGCCGUUCGCGCAGGAGGGUGACUUCUGAAAACCGGCAACGAAUACUUGUGUGUUUUUUGUUUUAUUUGAUUACUGAACAAAACUCAAUAGUGUCCUAAGUUUUGAUGGCGUCUUUGUGAGUGAGUGAGGUGUAUCGAGCACUGAAUGUAUCAGUGUUCGAAUUCCUGCCUUUUUUACGCGUGGAAGUCAAUGGAUAUAUUUUAGGAGCAAUUGUAAUCGUGAGCGGCCACCUCAAGAUGAUGGUGGAGACCAUCCUCGAGUCCUCACAGGACUUCGGCAUGUCGAAUGGUCCGCUGCCGCAAUGGAAGCGCGAGCUGCUACAGAGACGCGCGGCGCGCUCUCGACCGCCUGCACCACCUGCCGCUCCUCCGCCGCAGCCCCCACCUCCUCCGCCACCGCCCGAAGACGACGAAGAACUCAGUUACGGGCCUGGCAUCGUGAAGCGUCUCAAAUCGCGAUACCUCAGCCUAGCGCUGCGAGAAGCGCCUCGCCGGCGACCCUCCGUGCUACGCAGGGCCGCUUCCCUAGAGCACCUUCUCGAUGAGCGCCCGCCACCUGCCCCGCGUCCAUCUGCGCGUCCCGCCCGACCUGUGUCACUCGCCGCUCCACCUCCCGCCGCCGUCCCGCUCCGCCGCGAUUCUGUCAAGCGCGCGCGUUCUGUGGACGCGCUCAGCCGCCUCGAUGAGCCUCCGCCACAGGCGCCGCCCUCGCCGCUGCCUCGAGCCCCGCGUCCGCCGCGUCGGCCCGCUCCUCUGCUACGCGACACCGAGCGACCCCCACCCGAUGUUGUUCGUUCCACCCUUCGCAAGUUUGAGACGACACCUCCUCGGCGGUCAGCGCCCGCCGCCCGUGUGUCCGCCGUGGUACGAGGUCUGGAGGCCCCACGUACCUCGACGCCGGAACCACGCGCGCGUUCCCCAAGCCCAGCCGCUGCCGACCUCUCGGCCAUCGAUGAGCCCGAGGGCACCGCACUUUCGAUCGAGACCAAACAGGUGUCGCAGGCGGCGUUGGAUGGAAUCGCACGCGCCGGUUCAACGGUGCGCUACUCGUUCGAUUCGCCAAAAUUGGGUUCUCAUCUGCCGCCACUGUCGACCACGAACCCCGUCCUGCUCAAUCGUGUGCGCCUAUCCGCUUCCCCGCGUAGAGUUGGUGUCAUUAAGCCUAUGCCGGCACCGUGCGCCGAUGUCGCAUCUCCACCACCGGAGUGCACCGGAGUGGAUGUCGUAGAUGAGCUGCCACGCCUCGAGACUCCACCUCCGGAUGCGCCAGAAAGUCCGGUGGCGGCCCGGACUGAGCGAAAAGACCCUCCACCAUCUGCCGUCGUCGAACCCAUCCCAAGGUCGCCUCUGGAAAAAGUCGAAAUGGAACGAGAUCAAAGCGCAUCUCGCGAGCCGUCGCCGGAAGUUGAUCUGAAACUAGAGCCGCAAGUGAAAUUGGAGAGUCCAGUAAUUAGUGAGAAGCCUUUAAUGAACGGUCACGCAACUCCAGAAAGGAGCCUGAAGACUGCAGGUGUGGAGCGUGCAUGGACGGGAGCAGGCCCUGGAGGGGGAGCGGGCCCGCGACGGCUGCGGUCGGCGGUGCCGGCCUCGACGUCCGUGGUCUUCAACUUCUCACAUCGCAAGGAAGUACCCGACUACAUCGAAAAUGAUGGCAUCGUUUUACGAGCUGCCAAGAGGAAUCGCUUUAAGGCGGGUGAGAGUGGUGUAGUCUUACUUAAGGGCGCAGAAGUACCAGCGGAGUCUGAUAGCGACGGUGAGGGAGAGAUUGACGGGGCGCGGUCCCCUUCGCCCUGUAGCGUACGGUUCGUUAACGACAACGUACUUAUCAAUGGACGAUCGUCGAUGCUAGCGCGCACGCCAUUACAUCGCGAACGUGCUGCGAAGCUGAAGCUCCAAUUCGACGACUCACUGACGCGGACAUUUGAAUAUCCCUCCGAGAUUUCACUCUGCGAAGAUGAGCCCGCUCCUGCCGCUUCACCAGCUGCCACACCCGCUCUAGCCACCAAUACUACACUUGGUGGAGGCAGCGGCGGUCUGUCCAGAUACACGCCUAGUAAGACUGUCGCUGACACAUUCCAGCUGGGACUGUCGAGAACGCACCAAGCCCCCGAGGCUAGUGACUGUAAAGUGACAAGCAACGGAGCUGAGGCGGAAGCGGAAGUGGAUGCAGAGAGUGGAGACGCGCGUCCCUGUGCCGCUGAUUCUGCUCGCUCUUGGUCUGAAUCGCGCACACACACCACUGAUUUACUCUUCUGAACACAAUUCUGAAGAAAACUCUUUUUACUCUUGACACUAUGCGUGCGCUAUAUGUGUAGAUUGGUCUAAGGGUAUAAUUCAAAAUUGAGUCUUAGCUAAUCUGAAUCUUAGUUUGAAAAUCACCCUAAGAACCGUAAAUUAAUCAUACCAACAGCGGACGAUAUACGAUGUGUCGUUUACGUGUUCAAAACUGUACGCCAAGGUUCAAAUAUCAAAAAAUUCAGUAAAAAAAUACGUACAAGGCGUGUGUUGGACCGGUGACGAGUCUGUAAUUGUGAUAUGACUCGUUCAAAAUCCAUCAUUAGUGCAUAUACGGUUGUGUGCGCUACAUCGACUAGUUGUAAAAGCAAAUAUUUUGAUAUCAUUGUUAUGAAAAUCAUGCCGACUGUGAUACGUGAACCACGAGAGUGGACAUUCAAUUUGCAAAUCAAAAACUAAUUUUAAAGUAGCAUUUUGUACUCGUUUAUGUCCCUCAAUGUACGGGAAAUUAGUAAUAGACAUAUAUCUGAAUUGCUCAAUGUAUCCGUGUAUCAGAUAAACCUCAUUAUUUAAGUUAUGGCAUCGCAUUUAUCAUCAGUCUUUAACACUGCCAUGCAAUAAUUUUCUAUAAGCCAAACAAAGAGAUGUAUUAUGAAAAUGUGAUUCAUGUCAUUCCUAACUUCAUUCUGGAGAUAAAAUAUUUUGGAAAAUUUUACAAUAUAACAUAGACCUAUAGCAUUUAGAUUGUGUGUGUGCAUUUAUGUGUAUAUAUUCGAUUGGACUAUUCCUUUUUGUACUCAAAAAGCAAGGAAAUUGAAAAUAUUGCUUUUUUAUAUAUAUCCAAUAUAAUCACGAUGCAUUUUGUGUGAAUUGUAGGGUAGCUCGCUUGUGGCUUAAGUGUGUAAACUAUUUUUUAUAAGGACCAUGACAAAGUCGUAUUCCUAAUCAAAGAAGUAUGUUUAAUUUCCCUUUGGACAGUUGUAGAAUAAUAAUUCUUUUAUUUUGCUUGUAUUACUUUGUGAUAAUUUGUAUUUUAUAUAAAGUAUGUUAUAUUCAAAUUGUCUAAAAUACAAAUGAAUGUUAAGAAAUUAAAAACAAUCUUUAAAUGUCUUAUGAAAUGUGUAGAUUGAGUAAACUGUUUAUUAAGAAUGGUUUUGCAUCGUGUAGAUGUCACUUUAGUUGAUAGUAAAUACUUAAGCAUAGAGAAUAGACUGAAGGAACCGGAUGUCAAAUAAAUAAAAUGUUUUCUUGUCUCAUUAUGUCUUAGAAGAAAUAUUGUGGUCUUUUCUCUAUGGCUAAGCAAUAUUCGGGAAAGAGCUGACGAUACGCUCUGAGAGUGUCAUAUUGUCUCUGUCCUACUCCCACGGGUGGGACGUACUUGCCAAUGCCUAGUUGUAUCUUAUGCGUAUAUGAUAUAUAAUAAUAAUGCAUUUAGUGAUAGCUUAGUUGUAUUUGCGUUUGCAACAGUGGUUUCUGUUCGUGAAGGAAUUUAUUGUUGAAUGCUGGAAGCAAGAAAGUUAAAGCCAAAAGGAAACGCGUUUUAGAGACGGAUUAACUCUUAACGCUUUAGUUAAGUUUGACUGUGCUCUAGUAUUUAAGGCUACAUGUACUGAUGCUAAACGGCAAUAAAAUCAAUUGUAUA